AUGUUUCCUGUUGGACAAAUUGCCCAUCAGCCAUCGGUCGCACUGAAGGAGAAGCCUGUGCCCUACCUAGACCCAGGGGUCCUGUCCCCAUCUCCUCACCCAGGUCCUCCCCUCCUGCUGCAGAUGCUGUGGGUGCUGUUGCUGACCCUCCCCUUCCUGGGGGCCACCAUGCCCAUGACCCCAGCUCCCAGCCCAGAGACAGAGCUUGAGGGCAUUGUGGGGGGCCAUGAUGCCCUGCCUGGCAAGUGGCCAUGGCAGGUCAGCCUGUGGGUCUACGUCCCAGGAGACAAUGGCUGGGCAUUCAUAUGUGGGGGUUCUCUCAUCCGCCGUGAGUGGGUGCUGACUGCAGCUCACUGCGUUCAAGGGAAAAGAUUAGAGCCUCGUUCUUUUAGGGUCCAAGUAGGGCAAGUGAAGCCCAAGUGGCAGAAUGACCUUUUUCAGGAGGUGACUGAGAUCAUCUCCCACCCCAACUACAACCCUGUGCUGAAAGGUGAAGGUGGGGCAGAUGUGGCCCUUGUCAAGCUGGGGGCCCCCGUGAGACUGUCUCAGGGCGUCAGUCUGGUCACCCUUGCUCAUGAGAAGCUCACAGUCCCUGCAGGCAUGAAGUGCUGGGUGACUGGAUGGGGUAACAUCAAACCAAAGGUCCAACUGCCAGCACCAUACAACCUGCGGGAGGUCGAGGUGCCCAUCGUGGAUGAUGAGGUCUGCAGACAGCAAUAUAGGAAGGUCAAAAAGGUCAUCCUGAAGGACAUGCUGUGUGCUGGGAGCUCAGGCCGGGACUCCUGCCAGGGAGAUUCUGGGGGCCCCUUGGUCUGUAAGCUGGGGGGCACCUGGCUCCAGGUAGGGGUGGUGAGUUGGGGUGGUCAGAGAGGAGACAUGAAGGGACAGGAGCGCUUCCUGAUUGUGGCCUCUCUUGCCAGUGCUGGCGCCCUCUGCUGGAGGAGGACCAUGUUUGCGCCAGGGCCAGGGAAGGGGGACAUGGGAGGCUGUGAGAUUCCGGCCACAGCAUUGCUCGGUUAG